AUGCCUGGAUGGAGGUCUCAGUGGCGCCUUGUCCUGCUGAACUCCCUUACCUGCGGCCUGGAGAUCUGCGUGGCAGCUGGGAUCACAUACGUGCCCCCGUUGUUGCUGGAGGCUGGAGUGGAGGAGCGCUACAUGACUAUGGUUCUCGGUAUCGGUCCAGUCCUCGGCCUGCUCUUCGUCCCCCUUAUCGGCUCGGCCAGUGACCACUGCAACAGCAGUUACGGCCGAAGGCGGCCUUUCAUCUGGUUGUUGUCUCUGGGGGUCCUCUUGGCGCUUUUCAUCAUUCCCUACGCCGACGUCCUGGCAGCACGCCUUGCCUGGGGGGGGCACACGUUCCAGGUGGGGUUCCUUAUCCUCGGAGUGGGUCUUCUGGACUUCUGUGGACAAGUGUGCUUCACGCCUUUGGAGGCCCUGCUGUCAGACCUCUAUCGAGAUCGUGAGGACUGCAACCAAGCCUUUGCCAUGUUCUCCUUCAUGGUCAGCUUAGGAGGCUGCGUGGGAUACCUGCUUCCUUCCAUCGACUGGAGCCACAGCUUGCUCUCCGUUUACCUUGGAGGCCAAGCCCAGUGCCUGUUCUUCCUCCUCAUCUUCAUCUUCAUCUCCAGUGUUCUCAUCACUAUGAAGCUCUCCGACUCCAAAGAGCCCCCCGUUGCGAUCGGGCGCUCCACGACGGUGGAGUCUUUCCUGGAUUCAGGAAGCGGUACCGUGGAAUCGAGCCAGCGCGGCGUGCCUUGCUCGUGCUGCUACUCGCUGAAGUGCAAGCUGAGGCUCCUGAAGAGCGGACCCUUGCUGUGUCUGCUGAGGACAUGCUGGUCUGUGGCCCCCGCCAUCUACAGGAGCUACUGCCACGUCCCCAGGGUGAUGCGGCAGCUGUGCGUGGCGCAUCUCUGCAACUGCAUGGCCGUCAUGUCCUUCAUGCUCUUCUUCACGGUCUUUGUGGGCGAAGGCGUCUACAGCGGCGUGCCCAAUGCCGGACCAGGAAGCGAGCCCAAGCAGAGAUAUGAUGAAGGCGUCCGCAUGGGAAGCCUGGGCCUGUUCCUGCAGUGUGCCACCUCAACCUUCUUCUCCAUGGUCAUGAGUCGUAUGGUGGGCCACUUUGGGUCGCGCCGGGUCUACCUGAGCAGCAUGGUGAGCUUCACCGUGUCCAUGCUGGUCAUCUGCCUUUCCAAGAGCGUGGUCCUGGUCACCGUCAUGGCCGCCCUCACCGGCUACGCCUACGCCACUCUGCAGACCCUGCCCUACACCCUCACCUGCCACUACCACAAGGAGAAGACGGUCUAUAUGCCAAAAAGGAAAACCAAAAACCUGCAUAAGAAUGGCGUUCCAACCAAGCGGGACUAUUUGACUGCUGCGGAAGAAGGACUAGCAGCCGGCUCCUCCUUCGGGAACGGCUUCUACUCCGCUUCCCUCAACCACAACGCCUCACCUCUUGGCUCCGGGGUCCCCGAGCAGGACGAGGCGGAGUCCGGCUACGAGAACCGCGGCGUGGGUUUGGACUUUGCCAUUCUAGACAGCACCUUCCUCCUCUCUCAGGUUAUUCCCACCCUUUUUAUGGGCACCAUUGUUCAGCUCGCCCAGUCCGUCACCGCGUACGUGGCCUGCUCCGCCAUCUUGGGCGUUAUCGGCAUCUUUUUAGCCACUCGGGUUGUCUUUGACCAAAAGGACCUGAAGGGCUGCGACUCAGACGGGAAACACGUUGGGAAGAUUGCGGAAGAUUGGGGAAGAUCAACAAUGCACUAAAGGAUACCGUCGUAUCCCAGGAGGCCUUGCUUCGGUUUUUAUGCAUUUUUUUCUUUUUUUUGCACCUUAUGAAAAAUGUGCCAAUUAUGAGGCAGCGUGGAUAGAAGGUGAAAAAAAUUAGCAUCAGCAAUGUGCAGCUACGUCAACGACACGCCUAGCAUGAUUCCAGGGUUGGUCGACAAGUAAGGAAGUAAGGGAAUGCUGCCCCCGUUCCAGCAGACCUCGUACCAGCUUAAGCCUCCAGAUGCCUUCUCUUUUUGGUCUCGUAGUCUUUCAGCAAGAAAAAUCUAUUCUGGUUCCUCGCCGGGUUCCUCGCCGACCGUGCCGUACUGUACGUCAGUCUGUCUAGCUCAGGUUUUAAUGGCGGUUUUGGACGUCCAUCGUCAUUCCGAGGUCAAAUCCUAGUGGACUCCGAACGUCCCCGGAUGCAAUUCAGAUCUUUGCUGUACCUUCAUUGCGCUCGCGUGACAAUCCUCGACUUGAGCAUCGAAGGGGGGGGGGUUUAAAAAAAAAAAAAAAACACCACCAUGGUUUCAACCCCAAAAUGUCGUCAGUUGCACAUCUGUAAAAAAAAAAAAAAAAAAAAAAAAAAAGAAAAAGUGCCUGUAUAUUUUAUUAACUUUUGUACAUACAUAUUUAUUUAUAAUACAGAUUUUAUAACUGCUAGCCUGUAGCAUCCUUGCUUGAGGGCUAUUUGUAAGUUAUUUGUACGGAUGAAACCACGUGGAAUCCUCCAUCCUCCAAGAGUCCUAAGUUAUUUGAAGCUAGGCUGCUUUUCUUAUCGCUAAAAAUAUCUUUGAUUUUAUUUCACUCCUUAUUCAGCAAUAUUCUGAUUUUAGGCUCAUCUGCACCCAAAUGUCCUGUUGAUUAGUUAGGUGUUUUUUUUUUUAAGCCAGUGCCAAUGGAAGACUCUUAAGGCCAGAUACUGUAGUAUGUUACGUAUAUCGUGUACUACGCAAUAUUGACGGGGUACUCUUUAUUUGACAUUCUCCACAUCGCUUUUCUAAGCAAUAAAACAUCUUUUAGA